AUGGCGCCUUCUCCCAUGUCCCCUGCGUCCCCCGCCUUCGCUGCGCCCAACGGCAACGGUACCCCGGCAGGUUACAGUCGCCGUCGCUCGCUUUCGGACCCCUUUACUGCGAUGCUCCGACCACCGGCGGACGAAACUCCUGCUGAGCGCCAUCAACGACUGGAAGCUGAACAUCGCGCAAGACAAGUUAGCGAGUCGAUCGACCAGCAGCUCAAGUUGGAGCACCAGGAGCAGAAGAAGAACAAAGUGGAUGUCAAGGUCUUAUUAUUGGGCCAGAGCGAGAGCGGGAAGAGCACGACAUUAAAGCAAUUCCAGCUCGCGCACACGCCUGCCGCCUUCCGCGCAGAGCGCAUGGCAUGGCGUCCGGUUAUCUAUCUCAAUCUCGUGCGUUCUAUCCGCCGGAUCCUCGAUGCCAUAUCGCCGGACCUGGACGAGCCAGUAAUCGUACCUCAGACUGCGCUGACGGACACCUCGUUUGCGCAACCGUCUGCCGGCGUUGUACUAUCCGAUACGGAGAUCGCACAGAAACACGCCCGGUAUUCCGAACGCCUAGCGCCGCUGCUCGAUCUGGAAGAGCGCUUGAUCACCAUGCUCGCGGAGGACGACGAGGAAGAGGCGACCCGGUUGGGCGAUGGUUCCUCCCCGGGCUGGUCGCAUGGCUCUUACACCGGGCGGCCUUCCCUGUCAGUCGAAACGCGUAUCCCCGCCGCGCAAGGCGCGCGCUCACCCGGCUCAUCGAGCUUGCAUCGAUCGCACGGCGAGGUCGCGGUGCGCACGACGUCAAAUUGGAAGAAGGCGCUCUCGCUAUCUCGUGUAAAAUUACGCCCCGCGGCCCCCGACCAACCCGGAGGCGAGGUCGUCGGAUGGUGGGAAGACCCGUCAGACCCCGUGCAUGUGCUAAGCCAGUGCUCCCGCGACAUGACCGCGCUUUGGGCGGAUCCCUGGGUUCGCACGCGCUUGGCGGCCCGACGAAUACGGCUGGAAGAGAGCAGCGGCUUCUACCUGAACGAGAUCGACAGGAUCACUGCUAAGAAGUACAUACCAACAGAUGAUGAUGUGCUCAAGGCGAGGCUCAAGACCAUGGGCGUCGUCGAACAUACAUUCACGGUAUCGACGGGCCCGAAAGUGCCCAAGCCAAUGGUCUGGAAGAUCUUCGACGUCGGUGGCGCGCGAAACCAACGGCAGGCGUGGGCACCGUACUUUACGGACGCCAACGCAAUCAUCUUCCUCGCUCCUAUCUCCGCCUUUGACCAGGUCCUAGCGGAAGACCCGCGGGUGAACAGGCUGGAGGAUAGUCUGCUGUUAUGGCGAUCCGUCGUCUCGAACAAGCUGUUGCAACACGUCAACCUCAUCAUAUUCUUGAACAAGUGCGAUCUGUUGAAGGCAAAACUCGAGAGCGGGGUUCGGUUAAACCAGUACUUGCUCACCUACGGCGAGCGCCCGAACGACUACGACUCGGUCUCACGAUAUCUGCGCAAUAAGUUCGGUCUACUACAUCAGCAGUAUACGCCGAAUCCCAACCGCGAGCUGUUCAUUCACUUCACAGCGGUGACCGAUACUCGCCGAACAUCAACCAUCAUCGCGAAUGUCCGCGACAUCAUUGUCCGACAAAACUUGAAAGACUCGAAACUGCUAGUCUAG